GCGGCGGGCGCUACGGUGCUGACAAGAUGGCGGCUGGCGGGGCUGUCUCUGCGACGCCCGAGUGCCGGCUUCUGCCCUACGCGCUACACAAGUGGAGCUCCUUCUCCUCCACCUACCUUCCUGAGAACAUUUUAGUGGAUAAGCCAAAUGACCAGUCUUCACGGUGGUCUUCAGAGAGCAACUACCCUCCCCAGUACUUGAUUCUGAAGCUUGAAAGGCCUGCUAUAGUCCAGAAUAUCACGUUUGGAAAAUAUGAGAAAACUCAUGUCUGCAAUUUGAAGAAAUUUAAAGUCUUUGGUGGAAUGAAUGAAGAAAACAUGACAGAGCUAUUGUCCAGUGGCUUAAAGAAUGAUUAUAACAAAGAAACAUUUACCUUGAAGCAUAAAAUUGAUGAACAGAUGUUUCCUUGUCGAUUCAUUAAAAUAGUUCCACUCUUAUCGUGGGGACCCAGCUUUAACUUUAGCAUCUGGUAUGUUGAACUUAGUGGCAUUGAUGAUCCCGAUGUAGUACAACCCUGUCUCAACUGGUAUAGUAAGUACCGUGAACAGGAAGCUAUUCGCCUUUGCCUAAAACACUUCAGACAACAUAACUAUACAGAGGCCUUUGAAUCACUGCAAAAGAAAACCAAGAUUGCCCUGGAACAUCCCAUGUUAACAGAUCUGCACGAUAAAUUGGUACUGAAGGGUGAUUUUGAUGCUUGUGAAGAAUUGAUUGAAAAAGCUGUAAAUGAUGGCUUGUUCAAUCAGUAUAUCAGUCAACAGGAAUAUAAGCCACGAUGGAGUCAAAUCAUUCCCAAAAGCACCAAAGGUGAUGGAGAAGAUAACCGACCAGGAAUGAGAGGAGGCCAUCAGAUGGUUAUUGAUGUUCAAACAGAGACUGUUUAUUUGUUUGGUGGCUGGGAUGGAACACAAGAUCUUGCUGACUUCUGGGCGUACAGUGUGAAAGAGAACCAAUGGACAUGUAUCUCUAGAGACACUGAGAAAGAGAAUGGUCCUAGUGCUAGAUCAUGUCAUAAAAUGUGCAUUGACAUUCAACGAAGGCAAAUCUACACACUGGGGCGUUAUUUGGAUUCCUCUGUGAGGAACAGCAAAUCUCUGAAAAGUGAUUUCUAUCGUUAUGACAUUGACACAAACACAUGGAUGUUACUCAGUGAGGAUACUGCUGCUGAUGGAGGACCGAAACUGGUGUUUGAUCAUCAGAUGUGUAUGGACUCAGAAAAACAUAUGAUCUACACUUUUGGUGGUAGAAUUUUGACAUGUAAUGGCAGUGUAGACGACAGCAGAGCCAGUGAACCACAAUUCAGUGGAUUGUUUGCUUUCAACUGUCAGUGUCAAACCUGGAAACUUCUUCGAGAGGACUCCUGUAAUGCUGGGCCUGAGGACAUCCAGUCUCGUAUAGGACACUGCAUGCUAUUCCACUCAAAAAAUCGUUGCUUAUAUGUAUUUGGUGGCCAGCGAUCAAAGACCUAUUUGAAUGAUUUCUUUAGUUAUGAUGUGGAUUCUGAUCAUGUAGACAUAAUAUCAGAUGGUACCAAGAAAGACUCUGGAAUGGUUCCAAUGACAGGAUUCACACAGAGAGCAACCAUUGAUCCAGAACUGAAUGAAAUACAUGUCUUAUCUGGACUCAGCAAAGACAAGGAAAAGAGGGAAGAAAAUGUCAGAAAUUCAUUCUGGAUUUAUGACAUUGUAAGGAAUAGUUGGUCUUGCGUCUAUAAGAAUGAUCAAGCUGCAAAGGAUAAUCCAAGUAAAAGUCUUCAGGAGGAAGAACCAUGUCCAAGAUUUGCCCAUCAGCUUGUAUACGAUGAGUUACACAAGGUUCAUUAUUUAUUUGGUGGGAAUCCAGGAAAAUCUUGCUCCCCAAAGAUGAGAUUAGAUGACUUCUGGUCACUGAAAUUGUGUAGGCCUUCAAAAGAUUACUUACUGAGGCAUUGCAAGUACCUCAUAAGAAAACACAGGUUUGAAGAGAAGGCCCAAAUGGAUCCCCUUAGUGCUCUGAAAUAUCUACAAAAUGAUCUUUAUAUAACUGUGGAUCAUUCAGACCCAGAAGAGACAAAAGAGUUUCAGCUUCUGGCUUCAGCUCUGUUUAAAUCUGGUUCAGAUUUCACAGCUCUAGGCUUUUCCGAUGUGGAUCACACCUAUGCUCAAAGAACUCAGCUCUUUGACACCUUAGUAAAUUUCUUUCCUGACAGCAUGACUCCUCCUAAAGGCAACCUGGUGGACCUCAUCACACUGUGACCGAAGAGUACCUGGACAGAAAUGGAGCACAGGAGUCUGCUUUCAGUAUUCUGGAUUUCAACUCUAUUGACUGACAAUUAGGCUGCAGUGACUGAGGACUGCACCAGAAUUUUGAAGGGAUCUUUGCUGUCACAAAUUUUAACCCUCUUCCUUCACACCUGACCUCAACCCCAUAGUCCUCAUCCCAUUCCGAAAUUAGGCUAAUAAAGUGAAAUUGGUAUACUUUCCAUUUAAAUAUAUAUAUAUAUAUAUAUAUUAUUACUUUAACUUUUAAGAAUUCAUGAGUAUAAAAGAAAAAAUAAUCAGGCAGUAUACCCUUUUCUGAUUUUUAUUUCAUUUUUAUAAAAUUGGGGCAAGUAAGCACUGUUCACAGACUCAGUGCUACAAGAAUUGGAAUUUUGUUGUUGGGUUGUUUGGCCUUUCUUCUUUCUCCUUUCUUCCCAUUUCACUUUAUCUUGAAUCACACAGCUGCUUGUAAGUGAUAUGUAUCAUUUGUUUACCUCUUCAUUCUUAACAGUGUAUAGUCCUGUAGGGCAAUUGAUGUAUGUUUAAGUGAUAUAUGUGUCUCUGUUGACUAGAGUCUUGUAUUACAUUAAACAGUAGGAGGAACAGAGGGCUCUAAUUUACGCUCCUUGUCAUAGAACUAAAAAGUGAAACCUGAGAUUGAUCCCCACACUUAUCUGAGAUUGGUAUAUAGUAUUUCUAUAAUGAUAUAUUUUAUAGUGGAUAUUACAAAGCUUUGAGUCACAGAAACCUUAAACUGAGGAGAGAAUAUAGUUCAGAACCUUUAAGAGCCACUCUCAAAAUUACCAGCAGGAGGAUUCUAGUUGUGAUUAGCAUGUUCAUUGAUAUCUCUGUAGUAAUUUUGGAAGAAAAUGACUCUUUCCCCUGCUAGAGCUGUGCAGGACCAGGGCUUCAGUUUCUUCCGUGUGCUAUCUGUUUGUAGCAUUUUCAUUGGGGAGGAUGGGUUCCAGAGCUACGUUUUUGUUUAUUUUCAUACACAUUAGCUCCCUACAUCUGCUUCUAUAUACUGAUAUUUUAAAGAAUAAUGGUUUGUAGUUGUCCAGGGGAAUACAGCUGACAGGCAUUUCAUUAAACACAUAGACCAGGCUUUUUUAAUGGAGAAAAAAAUAAUGGUGCAAAUAUUUUUUAUUAAACUAAAAGAAAGGCAGAUGGGCUUUUCCACUGUUCCUUUUUUUGUGAGGAGUGGUGGUAUGUAUGGUUCCAUGAGGUGCUGUGGAAUGCAGCAUAGGAAAUUUAAACCUGGCCAGUGCUUACAUUUGCUCAAAAAGUGUGCUGUAUGCAACUGAUACCCACCAUGCUUAAAGCAGACUAAGUAUAAUAAAUGUCCAUCAGUCCAGUGGCUCUUCCAAGUGAAUGACUUUAGAGAAUUUACUGUGUCCCCGAGUAGCAAGAUUAGGCCUUACCAAAGAAAGAAGAAAUUGAAUUGCACUUUUGAAAAGUCUCAUGUAUAGGAAUGAGACUUUGAGGUCCUUCUUCAGUCUGUCAUUAUUGCAUGGUUUCUCGUCUUUGGGGGAAGGACAGAAGUAUGUUUGUCCUACUUCUAGGCUUGAAUCUUGGGCUGCUUGGCUUUCCAAGCAUCCCAAAUCGAUCAGUAGUGAUUUAUUAAACAAUUAAAUUUGUUUCUUACCUUGUGAAAGAUAUAGUACGUAAUUCAGUAAGUACCAAGUUGUGUAGCUGCAGAAUAACCAGUUGACUUUACAAGUGAGCAAAUAGAAUCUACCUACAUACUUAGGCAGUUUCAUUAAAAAAUUUCCUUGACAGUCAAGAACAUAAAAUAUUAAUAUCGCUAAUAUUGUAGCCUAUUGAACUCAUUUCAUGGAAACAGGUUGAUAGGAAAGAACUUGAUAAGAGUUUCUAAAUGUAAAAGCUCUAGUUUUGCUCACUGUGAAUUCUGGCACUUCAAAAACCAUAACCAAAUGAAAUUCUGCUUCCCUCCACCAUUUUUUUUUUUUUUCGCGGUACGUGGGCC